AUGGCCCGAGGUCCCAAGAAACACUUAAAGAGAGUUACAGCGCCUAAGCAUUGGAUGCUCGACAAGCUAACAGGAGUUUUUGUACCUCAUCCAUCAGCGGGUCCCCACAAGCUCAGAGAAUGUCUUCCUCUUAUAAUAUUCCUACGCAAUAGGCUCAAAAACGCACUGACUGGAGAUGAGGUAAAGAAAAUAUGCAUGCAGCGCUUCAUCAGAGUGGAAAACAAGAUUCGUACAGAUAUCACAUACCCUGCUGGAUUCAUGGAUGUUAUCAGCAUUGAGAAGACAAGUGAGCAUUUCCGCCUCAUCUAUGACACCAAGGGUCGUUUUGCUGUUCACUGUAUUACAGAAGAGGAGGCAAAGUACAAACUGUGCAAAGUGAGGAAGAUUUUUGUGGGUACAAAGGGAAUCCCACACUUGGUGACUCAUGAUGCUCGAACCGUUCGUUACCCAGAUCCACUCAUCAAGGUGAAUGACACAGCAGUGAUUAAUUUAAGAACAGGCAAGAUAACCGACUUCAUCAAAUUUGACACUGGCAAUGUGUGUAUGGUGAUUGGUGGAGCAAAUCUUGGCCGCGUUGGUGUGAUCACCAACAGAGAAAGACAUCCUGGUUCUUUUGAUGUUGUGCACGUGAAGGAUGCCAACAGCCACAGCUUUGCCACCAGGCUCUCCAACACUUUUGUCAUCGGCAAAGUACUUCCCACGAGGGCAACCAGGACCAGCAUAAACUUCAUGAACUGGUGGUACAUAGUCCUCACAAAAAAGGAAGCUGAUGGAUGUCACCGCUAA